GGGAUUUCAGUGUUGAUUCAACUACCGACCAUCCACGCGCAUAGAAGACCCGGCUCACACACGCGACACCAAAAAACAUCGCGCGCGCCUACUCUGAUCGAACUAAACAAAUAUCCAACGGCUUCAAAUAUUGACAGUUUUAACUGGAUUUUCUGUUGUUUUAUGUGAAAUGUGACAUUUCUUCGACGUAAUCUGUGAUUUUUCUUACUUGCCAAAGUGAUAUGCCAUCAAAAAGACUCUGAAUAAGUUACUUGUUGAGAAAAUUUAAAAACGAGGCUGCAGGAAAAUAUUUAAAACUUUGCCAUGUUCGAACGAAAAACUUUGGUGCCACUUUUAUUUUUGUCGAUUUUGGCUAUCCAACAGAAAACCUCAGAAGCAGGUCCAGUUAAGAGGUCCAGAAGGGAAGUGUAUCCGCCGGAUAUUGAACCUGAAUCUAUUGAUAUUAAUCCCCCACAAGUGUGCAUUGUCGGAGAUGUGGUCUACGCUGUAGAUGAGCCGGUACCGGCAGAACAGCCGUGUUUAAAAUGCCGGUGCCAACCUCCCGGCGUCCAAUGUGAGACCAUUAAAUGCGCUAAGAAGCCUGGCUGUAAGGCUGUACAUAGACCGAAUAGCUGCUGUCCUGACUACCAAUGUGAAUGUCAACACAACGGUCGAGUGUAUGGUAAUGGUGAGAAAUUGGACACCCCACUUGGAGGAGAAUGCAAAGUGUGCUACUGCCGUGGUGGAGAAAUACAAUGUGCUAAUGUUUCCUGCUACAUUCGUAAGGAUUGUGAAGGAAGAAGCGUCCCAGGAACAUGCUGUCCCAAAUAUGACCACUGCCCACCUAUUGAUUCUUUCCUGGAAGGAAGCGUCACUACAGAGUUGACUUUGAAGAAUAUUGAUCAAGAAUCACUGGAGGUACUACCCCUACCAUCUGUCACCACCAACGAGACUUUCCUGGGCCAAACCACCAACGAAAUACCGGAUGAAUACAAACCCAACAAGGAGUUAGAAAAAGAAAUCAACCUAGAACUAACCAACAAGCUAUCUCACACCGCACACGUUGAAAUCGAGGAUCUAGAGCUACUAAAUGACGCUAUUAGCCAACCCAAGAUAACAAUUCAAGAAAUAAUACCUGAAAUUAAAGAAAUACCAAUUACAGCAUCUCCGAGAGUGGAGGAGAGUUUACAAACGCAAGGACAACUUAUAAUAGAGGAAACCAAUAAAGAUGAAACCAACGAUUUAGUUGUGACGGACUCAGAGCCAGAUUCAAGCGAGAUUACUGAAGUUUUUCAACAACCACCGCCUGUAUUGAGGAUUGGUGACAAGCUUUUGUUCUUAAAGAAAGGAGAAUUUAUUCCUGAGAAAGACACUAGUACUCCUACGUCUGUUAUAACCAUUAUUGGGGCUGAGGGUUUACAAAGGGGCUUUGAGGAGAGUGCUGAAUCACAUGAUUAUUUGGAACAUAAGGAGAAUAUAACUGAGACCAACGAUUUGGAGUUAAAGACUUCAGAAUCCAGCCAUAUUUUAUCGUUGGUGAAAAGAAAGAAUAAAAAUGGCGAAGCCACUACAACCGCAGCACCAAUAUCUACAACAGAAGCAGUGCUGAAUAUAUCGGAAGAAGUAUCAUUAGAAUCAUCAACUACCACUGUCUCUUAUAAUAUGACUGAAUCAACAGAAAAUACCACAACUGAAACUAGCGUUACAUCAGACCUACCUGAAACACUCACAACCUCAGAGCAACCACUAAAUCUAACAACAGAAGUAAAACCGAGCACAACAGAAAAACUGGAAAACCCUGAAUAUCCCCCAAUCCCUGACAUCAUGAUUACACAGGAAGAAACAGCUCACCCUGAUGAUACAUCACAAAGAUUCGACAAUAAUAAUGAAAAUGAUUCCACAAAUUCCACCACUGACAUUGAAGAACCCAUAAUGGAUAUGAAAAUACUACCAGAAGUUUUGGAAGUACGCAAUAAUAAAACCUUGCCUGAAAAUACAACACACAGCGAAUGGCUAAAGAAUGAAUCCGUCAGUAUCAUGGCUGCUAUAACUGAAAUACCUGUGAUUAAUAUUACAGAAACUACAGAUAAAUCGGUUGAUUUUACAAUUAGCAAAACAGAUGAUAUCACUACUGAAAAACUUGAUGCCACUACAGUUAAAUCAGUGGAGACAUUUACCACACUCACUGAGAGUAGUACUAAUGAUAGAUCGGUUGAAACCAUUGAAGAAUCUACAGAAGAAUCGGGCGAGCACACCACAGAAAAAAUGAAAACAUCCCCUAUAAAAUAUUCUAAUGAAGAUAUUAGCUUGGAGGGCGAGAAUAUGGAGAUAAAGGACAUGAUGAAGGAGAAUAAAGAUGUAGCUGAAGGUAGUGUUGAAUCAUCCACCAUUAAUAUUGCUGAUGAUGUAGAGUUCAUAGGAGAAAUACAGAAGAUAGAUGAUUUUAAACCAAUUGUUAACAAAGAUGUCGAGGUUAUAACUUUUAAGGUGACCAUUGAGAGUACGACGCGUCCGGAAGAGCUCCCUAAACCUGAGAAAUCCAUAGGAAAACGUGAAAAUUCGGCUGAGGAGCAGGCAGAUGAAGUCUUUAAGCAACUAGAUUUGGAAUUAAACGCUGAAAAUACCGAGAGGAUUCUAACCAGAGAACAGGAGCAAAGAGAAGCAGACGAGAUCUUCAAAGAUUUAUUGGAGGAAACAAGUACACCAAAAACCUUGGCCGCAGAGGGGCGUAACAAAGAUUCCGAUACUCUACAAAGAGUCAGUGACGCUUUGGCCCGACUUACCUUACGUGGUAAACAACCAGACUCCAAUAUAUUAGGAAUUCUGACAAACUUUUUUAGCUCCCAAUAUAGAUACAGAAAAUAAUCAUUAGAUUGAUGUAUUGCCAAUAAUAUAAUUCUUAACUCGAAAGACUUUUUUGUUCAUAAGUUGCGCUUUAAUUAUGUACUUAAGUCAAUGAUGUUUAGUAAAGGUAAAUAGUUGAUAAUGUUUAAACUUAAGGACGUAAUCUUCACACCCUAUUACUACUACUGUGUAGAAUGUUCUCUAUUUAUUUAUUUGUGACUUGUGCGACUGAACUGAGUCGCUUUAAAUGACUUAUUUAUCAUUGUUACUAGUUGGAUAUUUAUGUAAUUCUAUGUAACA